CUGACGUCCAAGUCGAGGAAGUCCGAAGUUUACUUUUCGGCUGGGUUACUUGUUUGAUUCACAUUAUUUCUUUUCAGAUCUCGACUACGGUAGGCCGACUCACGAUGUCCGCCGAUCAUCAUAAUGACAAGGAGGCCAUGAGUAUAUACUGUAUAACCCUCAACGGUCCAGCACCAUGGGGAUUCAGACUUCAGGGGGGGAAAGACUUCAGCAUGCCCCUCACGGUGUCCAGGCUGACCCCCGGGGGUAAGGCUGCCCAGGCCGGUGUGGGCGUGGGAGAUUGGGUGGUGUCCAUUGGAGAGACCAACGCAGAAGACAUGACCCAUGUGGAGGCACAGAACAAGAUAAGAGCAGCAGAGGAGUUGCUCACCCUCACCCUCAGCAAAGCUUUCCAUGCGGGUGGCGAUCAGAAGAUGGAUGAGAAAGAGGAUCAGCCUUUAUAUGACCACCAGAAUUACCAACACGAGAAGCACGGUCUGCGGGUGGAAGGCAUCCCCAUGUUCAUCCCCAACGACCGCAGCAAGAAGAGGCUGAUCGAGGACACUCAGGAUUGGCAGCCCCGCACAGGCACUACCCAGUCCCGCUCUUUCCGCAUGCUGGCCCAGCUCACAGGCACCGACUACAUGCAGGACCCAGACGAUGAGACAAUGAAGAGGGCCAGGGAAAAGUUCCUUACAGAGAUUCAGAGUCCUCGUUACGCCCGUCUGAGGGACUGGCACCAUGAGAGGUCCGCACGCGCCCUCAACAUCAAGUCCUGAGCAUCACCAUGGCAACGUGCAACGCAGGGCCGGGCCUGAGCCCUAGCGAUCGAUAGCCAUCAGAACGACGACAACGACUAAAACGACAAUAGCCCGAUUAUCCAGACAACAACACAGACACCACAGACAGCAACACACACACACACACCCCAGACAACAACACACACACACACACACACACACACACACACACACACACAACACACACCCCAGACGACAACAACACACACACACCCCAGACAACAACACACACACACACCUCAGACGACAACAACACAAACCCCCCAGACGACAACACACACACACACCCCAGACAUGCAGAGGAGAAAACACACACACACACACCACAC